AUGUUAACAAUAUUUUUUUUAUGUGACAUUUUCUUUCAAGAAGUGUUUCUUUUCGAUCCAUCAUCAUCGAUAUCCUUUGAACUGAACAUAAGCUUGGCCGACGGAAGUUACACUCUGGGAGCUGGGAGCCAAACUUUCUUGACGUCAUCUGACGCAUUCUUUAAUGUCGGGAAGAUCACAUACAAGUUGACUGACCAAAGCCUGAAAUUCACAGGUCGUCAGAUGUUUAGUGGGAGCGACCAACAUGGAAAUUACGAGGUUGUGAAAUUGUUUUACCUAGCUGGUAAAGCGAACAUUUCAACUUCAUUUACAAUGUAUGAGGAUUGCGAUGCUGUCAUAUUUACACAGACAUAUCAUAAUGGAGCAAAUGAAACCAAGGCCAAUUCCUACGACCAAACGAUAUCUGGAUUUCCGAGUGUUAAGGUGGACAGCUAUGACACAGACCUUGGAUAUCUGUCAUUUGAUGGCUUCAUGGCAGGGGACACCAAAAAGCACAUAGGACGGUGGAAUUCUCAGACAGACGCCAUUGGAGACGGACUACAGGGAGGACCUCUGGCAGUUUUUGACGAACAAAGAAGGACAUUUCUUAUUUCUCCGUUUUCAAACUUCAUGGCAUCGUCUGCUUGGCAUGAUUCAAAUGGCAAUAUAUUCUGGGGAAUAAUGGGAGGUGUCGACGAAGUUCCGGCGAAUUACACAUCAAGCACCAUCAUUUACUACGCUGAUGGCAUAAAUAAGGCAUUUGAUGGUUGGGGACAAUUUCUUCAGAAACAGUACGGAAAGAAGGACUGGUAUGCUUGGGAAGACUCCACUAUCAUUUUCCUGGGAUAUUGGUCAGACAAUGGGGGAUACUAUUACUUUAAUACGGAACCAAACAAAACAUACGAGCAGACGAUGGUGGAUCUCAUUAACCAUGAGGUCAACUCUUUGGGAAUACCUAUUGGGUAUGUGCAGUAUGACUCCUGGUGGUACUACACAGGGGCCGGAAAUGGUGUAAAAACUUGGCAACCCAGACCAGACAUUUUUCCUGACGGACUCGAAUACAUGUUUAAAACCACAAACAUGCCGGUGGCAUUACACAGUAAAUAUUGGUCUGUAGACAACUCUUACGCUAAACAAAAUGGUGGAAAGUAUGAUUUCCUUCUCGAGGAUCUUGGCGCUCUUCCCCUACAGAGGGAGUUUUGGGAAGAUUUGUUUAACAAUGCUUCAAAAUGGGGAAUGUUCUUGUAUGAACAAGACUGGUUGAACGGAGAACUAUACAGAGUGCAGAAACUGAAGACGGAUCUAUAUCUGGGAGAACAAUGGCUGACGCAAAUGCACGAUGCGGCUGCCAAACAGUACAACUCCAUCCAGUAUUGUAUGGCUAACCCCCGCCACAUAAUGCAGACCCUGACCCUCCCCUGGGUCACACAGGCUAGGGUCAGCGAGGAUUAUCAUCCCGGAGGAGAACAGUGGAGAAUUGGUUUAACCUCAUUGUUUGUUGGGGCUCUCGGGAUACGACCAUUCAAAGACACUUUCUGGACCACCAAAACCCAGCCUGGAGACACCUCAGGGAAGACAGAACCCUAUAGCGCCUUGAAUGCCGUGGUAUCCACGCUAUCUAUGGGUCCCGUGGGGCCCAGUGACAAGAUUGGAGCUAUUAACGCCUCGUUGCUGAUGCGUUGCUGUGGUGAAUAUGGACAUAUUUACAAACCAAGCCGACCCAUAACCGCUACCGAUCUCCAAAUCACACAGAAAGCUUUUGAGGAUUUAGACAUGGAGGUUUGGUGGACGUACACAGAAAUCAAAGUUAACAGUACCGUCAUCAAUGUCAACUGGACGUGGGGCGUUGUCCUGGCCGUGGACACACCUCCCGGUCUCGUCCUUCACAAAGAGGAUCUACAUUUUAUGGAUGACGGUAAUGAGUAUGGUGUGUUUAGUUACAAAGAUCCCGGAUCUUUCCAGACGUUUGAUAAUAAUGGUCUACAACUCCACAUCUGUACCAAAGACGAAUUUUGUCUCUACCAUUUCGCGCCAAAAAUUACACACAGUGGACAUGAAGUUUACCUUCUGGGAGAAAUGCAGAAGUGGAUGCCGGUAAAUAAUAUGAGAAUAGUAGGAAUUAACUACUUAGCAGACGACCUUCUCAUUAAUAUCUUUGGGAAAUACCAAACCAAUAUCACCAUGCAUUACGUCAUCGAUGGAAAACUAACGAAUGCCACUUGUCAGAUCAAAAACAGAUUGUGGAACUGUGUCUCGCUCAUAAGUGGAAAAUGCAUCUAUGAUAAUGGAAGGACGUGCGAUACCUCACAAACAAAAAUGUCUGCUGCUGACGCCUCACCUGCACCAAAGGCCAAGAAGGCUGCCAAGCCUAAAAAGCCUGCAACGCAUCCUAAGUAUUCCGACAUGAUCAAGGCAGCUCUCACAGCUUUAAAAGAAAAGGGAGGAUCAUCAAGACAGGCUAUCCUGAAGUACGUCGUUGCCAACAACAAAGUUGAUGCUGAAGCCGCAUCUCGUCAUCUUAGAAUGGCACUGAGAGCUGGAGUGAAGAACGGCAGCUUAAAACAGUCUAAAGGUACCGGGGCCUCGGGAUCCUUCAAACUUGGAGAAAAGGCCGCAAAGAAACCAAUGGCCAAGAAAGCAGCCAAGCCCAAGAAGGCCGCCGUGAAGAAGCCCAAGAAGCCCGCAGCAAAGAAACCUGCAGGAGAGAAAAAGGCCGCCAAACCCAAGACGAAGAAAGCAAAAUCUCCCAAAAAGCCCAAAGCUGCUGGUGAGAAGAAGCCCAAGAAAGCUGCAAAGUCCCCAGCAAAGAAGAAGGCACCUGCUAAGCCCAAGGCAAAGAAGGCAGCAAAGCCCAAGAAGGCCGCAGCGAAAAAGAUAAACCCAUUAGGUACUGAAUGCAACUACGUGUUCUGGAACCUGUGCCCAUUAGCAAUGGCGUCUCUCCACCGACACGCCAGUGAAAACAGCAUAACAACGCCCAAAACAACGAUCGAGGGGAUCCCAGAUUAUGGGUGGCGAGUCAGUUUAAAUCAUGAGUGUGGCGUUAAAUGUAAACCAUUCGUCCAGCCUCGGUUCAGUCAAGUGAUUCAAUUUGUUGGACUGGGAAUAAGGUAUGCUAAAGAAUGGUGGAAGAGACGACGUCAAGGCCGGAAGAUGUUCAUAGAUCACAUGGACCAGCUGUUGCACAAGGCAAUAUAUGGUGCUCCCAUCGGAGGUAUUGGCUGUGGUACAAUGGGGAGGGGUUUCCGAGGGGAGUUUGCCAGGUUUCAGAUGGUGCCAGGGAUUUAUGACCACACCGUAAUUCAAGCCAAUCAGUUCAUCCUGUGUAUAAGGAAGAAUGGAAAGACCGUGUACCAGAAAGUCCUGACGGGACGGAGGGAGACCUCCAAAUCUCUCAAGUCCUGGGAGUGGCAGGAGCCCCGAGAGGGGGACGUGUACCAUGCCCUAUACCCCCGGUCCUGGACUGUGUACAAUCUGGAGGAGUUCAAUCUAAGGCUUGUCUGUCGACAAGUGUCCCCGGUCUAUCCACAUGACUACAAGGACACCAGUUUUCCAAUGGCUUGUUUCAUUUGGACAGCCGAGAACACUGGAAGUGAACCACUGGACGUCAGUAUAAUGUUCACGUUUAAGAAUGGCCGAGGAGUGAAGGAUGAUGGGAAUGGAGGGUGUCACAAUCAUGUGUUCGAUACAGACGUAGAGGGAAGGAGGGUGUCAGGAGUGUCCAUUAAUCACAACAUACUGGACAUGAAAUGUACUUAUUGUGUAGCAGGCGUACACAGUGAAGACGUAUCAGUGACGUGUAAGGAGUACUUUAACCCUCAGGGCUCCGGACAGGUAGUGUGGGAGGAUCUUAAAGAUGACGGACAGCUGAGCGUGGAGGGGGGUAGAAACACGAGUACAAAUAAAGGCCAGGAGAGCGCAGCUGCUGUUUGUGUCCAGGCCAGCGUUCCCCCCAACCAGACCAGAGACCUUGAAUUCACCUUGACCUGGGACAUGCCGAUCAUCCAUUUUAAGGCCAGAGAGAAAUUCUAUGCAAGGCGAUAUUCUCGAUGGUUUGGAAUGGAUGGUGAAGCAGGUCCUAGGAUGUCAAGCUACGCUGCCUCAAAUUACAGCAAGUGGGAACAGAAAAUCGAGGAGUGGCAGAAGCCAAUCUUAGAAAACAAGAACCUGCCGUCCUGGUACAAGUCGGCUUUGUUUAACGAACUGUACUACGUUAGUGAUGGAGGUACUGUGUGGAUUGACCCAGUGCAGGGGCAGGACGGGAAACUUGUCAGGGUCACAGACCCAGAGGAUCACCCCAUCAUCCAGGAGUUCAGCAGAUUUGGUUAUCUUGAAGGCCACGAGUACAGAAUGUACAAUACGUAUGAUGUCCACCAUUACGCCUCGUUCUCCCUCAUCAUGCUGUGGCCCAAACUGCAGCUCUCACUACAGUACGACAUGGCAACAGCAGUGGAGUCUGAAGAUACCACCAGAAUCAAGUUUUUGACAAGUGGAGAAAACGGAAUCCGUAAAAGGCUGCAUGCUGUGCCUCAUGAUGUGGGCGAUCCUGAGGAUGAACCCUGGAAGAGGGUCAACUGUUACGUCAUUCAUCCCACCUGUAACUGGAAGGACCUGAAUAUGAAGUUUGUUCUCCAGACAUUUCGAGAUUAUUCUGCCACAAAGGAUGAAGCGUAUCUCAAACACAUGUACCCAGUAGCGAAGUAUGUCAUGGAGACAGCCAAGAAGUGGGAUGUGGACGACGACGGGAUUAUUGACAAUGGUGGCUUUGCUGAUCAGACCUUUGAUGCUUGGACGAUGUCCGGAGCCAGUGCUUAUUGUGGAGGAAUGUGGCUGGCUGCCUUACGAAUGAUGAUAGAAAUGGCCACUAUUCUGAAGAAAGAUGAUGAUAUUCUCCAUUAUAAAGAGAUCCUGGACAAAGGGAAAGUGUCCUAUCAAACGAAACUGUGGAAUGGUUCCUACUACAACUAUGACUGCAGUACUGGUGGACAUCACGACAGUGUCAUGGCUGACCAGUUGGCCGGUCAUUGGUUCCUGAAAGCUUCUGGACUACAGGAUGAUGAAGUAUUUCCCCCUGACAGAGUGCGUUCUUCUUUACAAAGAAUCUUCAAGAACAAUGUGCUGAUGUUUGAAGAUGGGAACAUGGGGGCUAUAAAUGGAACCCGACCAGACGGGAGCAAGGACAUUAGCAGCUGUCAGUCUGAGGAAUUCUGGGUAGGGGUCACUUACGGGCUGGCUGCCAACAUGAUUCAGGAGGGACUUCUAAAAGAGGCUUUCCAAACAGCCUGGGGGGCUUAUCAUGUUUGUUGGGAGUGGUAUGGCCUUGCCUUCCAGACCCCAGAGGCCUACAUGACCGACAACAUCUACCGUUCCCUGGGAUACAUGAGACCAUUGGCUAUCUGGUCAAUGCAGUGGGCUUUAGAAAAGUUUCAAAAAGAUUUAAUGCCCAGUUGAUGUUUUCGCGUAUUUUUCUCUCAAUAGUUCCACAUUUUCUAUUUUUACUCUAUGAACGAUAAGAAUGAAUUAAUAAUUAUGUUGUGAUUGAAAGAUGUUAAUGGUGGCUUGGUAUAUCAAAUUUUUUUGUUUGGUUAUACAUGUAUAUUUAUCCCUGAAUUCUGUUAUGAGUUUGAUAGUCAUAAGACAUGUAUAUAUUCUGUGUAUUUUAUCUACAUAUCAUAGAAGACUAUCCAGUUACAUGUGGCUAAAUCCAUGUUAGAAAGAAUUCCAACAAUGUGUUCCUAAUAAUGUUUUUAAAAGACUUUCGAAUUAUCAAAGAUAUUUAUUAUUUUGAAAUUUCUGUAACAUUUAGAAUAUUAAACAGUGCAAUAUAUCUAGUCCCAGAAAGAGAAUGCAGUGUGUUUUAAUCGAUGAGGAGUUGGACAUGCCUGUUUUAUGAUAUGAAAUGUUCAACAGGUAACGUAUUUGAAUCAACUUUUAUUUUGCGUUAGAGAAAUUUUCAUGAGGUUCAUGAGAACCUGGUCGCCAUGAAUAUUCCUCACCAUGAAACAGUUCUUUAAGUCUUUUGCAUUUGUUUAAGAUUAUCUUAGUCAUGAAAACCAGUUUUAUCACUGGUAAAUCACGAAAUGAAAUCAUCACAAAAAAAGUGUUGGUUUAAAGUAUGUUGGGAAUUUUUCACCCUGUAAUGGUUUUGCCCUAAUGCAAUUUAAUUUUCCCUUUGGGAUUUUGUUACAUUGACGUUAUAUGUCUGGUUUAUAUUACUGGAUUUAAAUACGUCUGAUGAUCGUUUGCCAGAUAUGAGAAUUCUAAAUGUAGUACAGAAUCUGCCAGUGUGCAGUAUAUAUAUUUAUGUUUAAACAGAAAAAUUAAGCUUAUCUUUUCCUAGGCACAUGUACAACACCACUCUCAGGUUUUAAAGAAUUGUAAAUGUCAGACAGUGUCCAAAUGAACAUUCAAUCUCAGACAUGUGCAAAUCUUGUAUACAAAAUCUUAUUGUAAAUUUUUUUCUGUUCUUAGUCGUACCAUUUCUUACAGCUGUUAAACACAUUUUACUGUGUAGUUAGUCAGACCAUUUCUUACAGCUGUGAAACACAUUUUACUGUGUAGUUAGUCAGACCAUUUCUUACAGCUGUUAAAUACAUUUUACUGUGUAGUUUUAGUGAGAUCUAUCAACCAGAGUGUGAUUUAUGAAUUUCACAUUGUUGGAGAUUUUUCACUGUGUGGUCCCUCGUCAAUGAAAGACGCCAGAUUAGAAAUUGAUGAUGUUUUAAGUGAAAAAGAAUGGUUAUCAUGACACAAAUUUUGUAGAAUUUCAAAUGUCGGGUACUUUGGAAUGUUAUAGUGCAGUAAGAAAUGUGGGCAUUUAAUUAGUAUCUUUUCAGUUUAUAAUGAGACGUUUCUUUUGAUGGUUUUUAUUAUUUACAUGUUUAAUGUGCUUACUUGAAGUUUGACUUCAUUAUCUGUACUUGUGAUGCAUUUAUAUACAUGUACUUAUAAGACAUAACUGAUUCCCUGUGAAGUUGUUGAGUACUGUAAAUUUCUAAAUAUAAGAGAGGAAUUUAUUAUUGCGUAAAUUUGUGAGAAACAUCACUUGCGAAAUAAAAUUACUCGCUUUUAAUUUUAUAUUGCCAAAUUACAUGCAAAAACUCUUGAUCAAAAGAGCACUCGCGAAUUUAUGUUCUUGCGAUUUGACGUCCAUGAGUCAUUUUGUGAUAAUAAGAACUCGCGUAAAAUAAGGGAUCUUCAGUAUUAACACUGAGGGAAUUAUGGAUGAUAGUCUUUUUGUAAUAAUAUUGUAAUCUACACUACACCACGAUGCUUGUUAACCAAACUUUUUAUAUUUUAAUGUUUAUUCACUGUCACAGACAAGGGUGUGUAUCUCACACAUUUUUAUGCAUAAUGUUUUCACAGAUUUUCAUCGAGCAUUGCACUUGUAUAAAAGAUAGGUAGAAUGUGUAGAAAACGGAACAUCCAUUUUUUUCCAUUGUUUUACAUGAAGGGUGAAAUACUGUAUGCGUGUUUGUGAUUCACAUAAAUACUUUGUUAUUGAUAAUGUACACCUUAUUUUCUUGAUUUAAUGUCAUAAACAUUAUUCAAACUU